GAAUGGCUCUAGACGGAAGUCAUAAAGACAUAAUUAGAGUAAUGAGACCACGGUUGAUAAUACCCAUGAUAACGUUACUACGUUAGUAUCACGGUUUUCGAAAAAGACUAGUUUAGUGUUAUAGUACUCGCUAGUCGUUACUCUGUAUUCUUCUUAGUUUGUCAUUACUCAUCGGUUGUCGCUCACUCACCCCGCGUACACUUAUCUAUCUUGUCUAUGUCCGCGUCUCUGUAGUCGCAGUCCGUUGUGGCACGGUCCACACUCCACGUUCCUGGAGUCUGAUGACCGGCCAAGUGACAGUCGACACUCGACAGCACUCGAUAGUUAGUGCACGACUGCAGUAUUAAAGAUAAAAAACCAAUAUGUUGUGUUCAUCUGCACGUUUGCGUCAAAACUUUUAUUUAAUAAUUGGUGUCACAAUUGGGCUACUUUUUAGUCUUAUUGUCGGUCCAUUAUUAGAAACUGGUUGCCUAUUUUCAAUAUCUACUAUUGACAGCGAUUCAAGCUCAAUUAUUGUCAAUGAUGAAUACGAACCUCAUAUAAAUUUGGCCGGCAAACCACAGCGAGCACAAAAAAUUCCUCAAACUUUAUUACGUCCAAGAUAUUACUCAACAGAGCUUGGAAUUCGAGAGAAACUAUUUGUUGGCAUUUUGGCCAAUCAAGCAUCUGUAGAUGGUCUGGCAGUUGCUGUUAAUAAAACUGUUACACAUUGGGUGGACAAGACAAUUUUUUUUGUUGAUGCAGCAGGUGGACAUAAGCUAAAUGUAACGUUAAUGAAAAUACCUGGUAUAGUUGGUUUCACUGACAGUAGAAGUGUAUUGAAACCGUUUCACAUGGUAAAAUAUAUUGCUGACAACUACUUGGAUGAGUAUGAGUUUUUCAUGUUGAUAAAGGAUAGUACAUACUUGAAUGCAGACAAGCUUAUGAACUUAGUUAAAAGAGUUAGUGUCAGUGAAGAUGUUUAUGCUAGUGGAACUGUAAUUGGUACCAACUAUUGUUCAUUAGAUGCCGGAAUACUUUUAAGCAACUCUGUUAUUCGUAAAAUGAUCCCAAACGUUGAUUGGUGUGUACGUAAUGCUUUCUCUACUUCAGAUGAUGAUAAUUUUGGUCGAUGUGUAUUACAUUCAAUUAAUCUUCCAUGUCAGACAUCUAUUCAAGGGCAAUCUAUAAGCAGUUAUCAUCUGUGGGAAGCCAAAGAUCUUAUUAAUUUACUCAACCAGCCACAACAACAAGAAAGUUUUAAUAGUGCUUUAACUGUUUAUCCAAUGCCAAAUGCCGAAACAAUGUAUAAAACUCAUUUAGCAUUUUGUAAAAUGAAUUUAGAAAAAUCCAAUAUGGAAAUUGAAGCAUUAAGACGUUCUAUUGUGACUGAGUCAAGUUUAGAGCCACCUAAUUUUAGAAAAGUGACAUGGCCUGUUGGAAGUCAGUCUGGAAGUACCCCAUCCACUCGUUUUGAUGUAUUGAAAUGGGAACAUUUUACUGAAACACAUUUAUAUUUGGACUCUAGAAUAAGCAAUUUAAGACCUUUAAAUGAAGCUGAAAAUACUGAUAUACGUAAUGUCUUGAAUACUAGCAUUGAAUAUUUGGAAUCAAAAUAUUCUAAUAAUUUUAAAUUUGAUCAUUUGGUUAAUGGUUACAAAAGAUUUGAUCCCUCAAGAGGAUUAGACUAUAUUUUAGACUUGGCUUUUAAAGAUAUUGUUGGAAAUAGAUUAAUACAAAAAAGAGUUGAAGUCAGCAAAUUGCUUGGUAAAGUUGAGAUGUUGUCAGUUCCUUAUGUAACUGAAAAUACUCGUGUACAUAUUCUUUUACCCGUGCGUACAAAUGAAAGAGAAGAUGCCUUUCGCUUUCUACGACAAUAUAAACAAAUUUGUAUUGAUAAAAAAGAAAAGACAAUGCUCAUGUUGGUUUUAUUGUAUGAUGCUAAUGCCCCAGGUAAAGGUGCAGUUGAUGAUGUUUUUAAACAGUUAAAAGAUGAGGCAACAUCAUUGAGUAAUGCACAUAAAAAAGAUGGCACUAAAGUUGCAUGGUUAUCAGUGAGAAUACCAAAUACCAAAUUGUUAGCCCUAAGAGAUGCAUUAUUAGAUUUUGCGAUCAUAGAUUUAGCAAUCAGAAAGUUUCCUCCAGAAGCUCUAAUGAUGUUAGCUAGACCAAAAAUGGAAAUUCGUCAAGACUAUUUGAAUAGAGUAAGAAUGAAUACUAUAAUGGAAUGGCAGAUAUUUAGUGCUUUGCCAUUUUCUGAAUAUGAUCCUAAUCUUAUGACGUAUCCAAGACAAGCAACCCUAGACGUAAAUAAGUAUUAUGGCCAUUUUGAUCCAUUUGACUAUGAUCAUUUAUCAUUUUACGCAAAAGACUAUGUUAUUUCCAGGAAACGUGCAGAAUUAUUAAUUCCUAUAAUUCGAGCUGACCGUGAUAUACAUCGUUUGGUGUCAGAAUCCACAAGUCAUUCUUUGAAAGCAGUCAAUAUGACUAACCCAUCAGUUUAUUCUAUGUUUGUAGCAUAUAGUGAUUGUCAUGUAUUCAGAGCUGUAGAAUCUGGUUUACGAUUGCAUCAUAAACAGAGGCAUUGUGAAUUGUAUGAAGGAAACAUCGUGGAUCAUAUUAGCGCUGCUUUGUACGGCAACUGUGUAAGAUCUAGAAAUCGAAACGCUGGUUCUAAAGGACAAUUAGCUAGAUUGGUAUUGGAGUAUCAGAAUCAAUUAAAGUGAUUGAGUUAAUCAAUAAAUUAUAUGAGAAUUAUGAGAUGAGGUUUAUUUUCCUAGCUCGAACAAAUUUCUAAGACUAAAUAGUAAAUUUAAAUUAUUAAUUUUAUAUGCCAAAAAUUUAUAUUUAUAUUCACUUAUUUUAAUUACUAAUUAUUAUUUUUAUUUAGAUAAAUUACUAGAUAAUGAUAAUGCAGGGCCACUGAGGUAAUUUGUUGUGAAUUUUUAACAUAAAUAUUUUAUAUUUUGUAUUGUAUACUAUUUUAAGUGUGAAUCAUUAAAAAUAAUUUUUA